UUCCCGCAGCGGCGCAUGCGCAACGAACAAGAUGGCGCCGGUGGGGUUAUUGCUGGCCGGGGCGAGGGUCUCCCGGCCUUUGUGGCCUCCUGCGCGCGCCCUGAGUGCGCAUGCGCGCGGGAGCUGGGCCUGGUACGAGGCCUUGGCGUCGUCGGCGCCCGUCGCCUGCGUCGAGUCCGGUUUGGUGGCGCUGCAGGCCGCCUCGGGGCUCCCUUGGUGGGCCUCCGUGGUGGCUGCCAGCGCCUUCCUCCGCACCGGCCUCACCCUCCCUUUGGCCACACUCCAGAGCCGAGUCCUGGCCAAGUUGGAAAACCUGCAGCCUGAAAUCCAAAGCCUAGCCAAGCGCCUUCGCUAUGAGGUUUCGGUGUGCGCCAAACAACGGGGCUGGUCUGAGAAAUCAGCCCGGUUACAUUUCAAGAAGAACCUGAAAAGGAUUAUUUCGGAGCUGUAUGUUCGAGACAACUGCCAUCCUGUCAAGGCCAGCCUGCUUAUAUGGAUACAGAUUCCUCUGUGGGUCUUUGUUUCCAUAGCUCUGAGGAACCUCAGUGUUGGGAGGGCAGCUUCUGAAGGGAUUUCCGUUCAGGAGCAACUUUCCACAGGUGGUACACUCUGGUUUACAGAUCUCACUGUACCUGACCCAACCUGGAUCAUGCCGGUCACUCUUGGAGUCCUCAAUCUGCUGAUAGUGGAGAUUUUUGCUUUGCGAAAAACCGAACCAUCCAGAUUUCAGAAGUAUGCUACUAACUUCUUUCGUGGGGUGUCCAUAUUUAUGAUUCCAGUUGCUGCAACUGUACCUUCAUGCUUAGCUCUGUACUGGAUAUCAUCAAGCUUCAUGGGUCUCUCACACAACCUUCUGCUACGCUCUUCUGCUUUCCGCAGACUGUGCCACAUUCCUCGGACCAAAUCUGAUUCAGAUCCUUACAGAGACAUUGUUUCUACUUUCUGUGUAAAAUAUUUUCUUCAGUAAAUUACUAUUAAACGUUGAAAAGAUGCCUGAUACAGUGACUGAAAUGUUGUGAUGAAAGACUCAUAGCAUUAGACAUCUCUACUGAAACUGUGACAACUGUGGCAUUAUAUUUAUUCUGAUAGUAAAGGAGCACAAACAACUAAGAGGUGUUGUGAGACCUCUUGUUGGGACUUAGACUUCUGUGUGUUACUCUGAGGGAAUUAUGUCACGACUAGCACACAUCCCUAUAGAAUAAAUUCAGCUUCCAAAACUUUUUUGUGCAAACUUUGUUUGAGAUUUCUGAAAUCUUAGAAAUUGUAAUUUAAAAGACCAUACGCAUGUCUUAUGAUUUGCAAUGAGAGCUUUAAAUUUCUGGUUGUUUUGUGUCAUAAAAGAAGAAGAACAACAAUAAUAAUAUAUAAUUUAUUUAUGAGCCUCCUCUCCCUGAAGGAUUGAGGUGGGUAACA